AUGAGUGCCCUGACGAGUAUCUUUUGGUUUGUUUUAUUGCUGCUGAUUAUAAAAAUAUACACCAACGGAGCCACGCCUUUGGCAGUUGAGAGUGAAGUGAAGACAAACGUCAAAAAAAAUUCAAAUGAACCAGGACGAUUAAGCAAUUAUUUUCUACACGAACCGUAUGGACCGAAUACUUAUGCAUUUGGCUAUGAAAUCGAAGACCCACUAACGCAAAAUAUACAAUUUCGGGAUGAACGACGCUAUGUGAAUGGUACCAUCGAGGGUAGCUUUGGUUAUGUACGUCCUGACAAGCUGAUUGAGAUCACCCACUAUAAGGCCGAUGAAGCUUCUGGGUAUUUGGCUCAAAGGCAAAGCUUUAGGGCUGGUGAUAAUCCACCACCAGGAGCCAGCAAAUGGCCGACACGAAGACCAGAAAUCAUUUUGGAUUUAAACAGACCAACAAGCGAUUCGAACAUGAAAGUAACUUGGGAUCCCAAUAGCCAUUUGAAUCUAAGUGUCAAUGCAGUAGCCGAUAAAGUGGAACACCAAUUGAAGCAACAACAUGGGCUCGAUCUUAAUCACAUUGAUGUAGCCAAAGAUGUUUUACAGCCAGCUGUUUUAGAUGUCAUUAAUGGUAAGGCUCCGCUACGUACAAAUGCAACAACUGGCGGGAUGUCCUUUAAAACGGUUCAUAACUUUAUACCCGAGGGAUUUCCCAUAGUUCCAUUCGAAUUGCCUAGCCAAUCCGACCCAACGACAAGCACCGAAAACACUACGCCAAUCCAUAAAUACCAAAAAAGCAAAUCAAACAUUGAGGAAAAGGCUCCCCAAAUUAAGCCCACAGUAGACCAUAAUACCACUGAACUGCCAUUACCCCAGCCGUUGGUCAAUAAUGAAUCAUUACAGUCACCUAAUCCAAGUUGGUACCACAAAAUCAUUGAGGCGAAUCGUCGUGAAUUCCUUCAGCAUUUACCAAAUUUAAAUGGAUCCCCAGAGUCUAGCCCAAAGUUAAGGUAAAAAAAAAGUUGUACAUAUUGAACCAAUAACCAUUAAAACUUAUAGUCUGGCAAAAGUUAAAAAAGUCUCGCUUGUGGCCUUUAGUUUUCUUGUCUUUCUUUUAAACUAUUAUUUUACCUCCUCCUGCCAAAAAAAAAGGAACAAAAAAAUAACCAUAAC